UCCCGGGUAAAAAUAGAAACAGAAAAUAACGAUCAUCAUCUGUCCCAAGAAAAGACAUCAGCCUCUGUCCACAAAAAAACAACUCCUCUCUUCAACUAAAUUAAUCUUAGAUGUAAGAGCAUUUGAUCUCGUAGUUAUGGCUGAUCCUCUGUGCAAGUUCUUUGACUCUCGCUCUAUAACAGGUUCUCAAUUCUUCGCCGCCUAUUUUUCUACUCAAAAGUCAUUCCGACUUGUUUCCCUUCACAACCCAACUCUAGUCAGAAGAAGGAGAAGAACAAAACCUCUUCAUAUUGCUUUCUGCUCCAUACCCACUUCUCCAAAUCUUGAUGUCAUCGCCACCCAUGAGCAUUCGGAUGGAAGUCUACUGUUUCGGUUCGGGGACCCAAGUAAGCUUGUAAAAGAGGAUGAAUUGGAGGAACCCCUUUUGGGGGUUAAAGAGGUGGAAAGGGAUAGUGAGGAGGAGGAGGAGGAGGAAUUUAGUGUAGUGAAAGUUAUGGAUGGUGAUAAUGAGAGAGAAGUCAUUGUCAAGAAUGUAGAGAGAGAAGCCAGUAGUCAGGCUGUGACUGUUGCUAUUGAUGCUGGAGUCUCUGAAUCAGUAGUAACUAACAACACAAGGAGUGGUUUUGUGGAAAGAGAGACUGGAUUGAGUGAGAAUUUAGUCGAAGAAUCCACAUAUGAAAUUGGUUUAAUUUCAGCUGUAGGAAUUCAAGAUCAAUCUGUAGCUGAAGUCCAUGUUGAAAAUGCUGGACUUGUUGAGGAGAUUUUGGAAAAGCAAGAUGAUAGUGAAACUUCAAUUCCACCAACAGAGAAUGGUUUUCCUUCUUUGGAAGUUGAAGAAGAAAUGAAGGGUCAAUCAACUGAGGAAUCAUUUCAAGAAUUUGAGGAGAUUUUGCAAAAGAAAGAUGAUAGUGAAGCUUCAAUUCCACCACCAGAGAAUUCCUUUCCUUCUUUGGAAGUUGAGGAAGAAUUGAAGGGUCAAUCGAGUGAGAAGCAAUCAUUUGGAGAAGUGGAUGAUGAAAAAUCACCUUUUGUAGGUUCACCUGCAGCAGUGCCUGAAUAUUCUGACUCGCUAAACGCUGAAGAAAUUGAAGAAUCUGAGGGAGAAGGUUCAGGUCAAUUGAUAGAGAAUGACAGUGACAAGGAUCACGGUGUCGAUUCAAUUGGCUUGAUGGAAAAUGGUGCUGCUUCAACUGAAGUUCACGCAGUGGACAUUGAUAGUGAAACUGCCCAACAGAUAGAACAAAUAUCUGAAAGUGUUGAUCCUAUAAUGGAAAAGCCCGCGGAGAGUGUUAGUGAGGAAAUUAAUCUGGGGAAUACUGAAACUGUUGUUGAAGAAAUUAGUCCAGAGAUUCAUUUGUCUAUGGAUGCUGAAGACCAGAGUGCCCAAGUCCUUAAUUUGGAGAAUGAUGAUCAAACCGAGCUGACUAAUUUCUCUGCAGAUGCUGAGGAUCAGGCUUCCCAAAAUGGUACUUUCAAGGAUAGUGAUGAAGCUAAUGUGAGUGGAGUAAUGCCUCUUUCUCCUAAGCAGGAGGCUGAACCAGUUCUUGAUCAGGAAGUUGAUCACAACCUAAUAUCGGAGUCCAAUGAAGGUGAAAGUCCAUUACCGCCAGAAGAAAAUCUACCUAACUUAUCCGUGGAAGCAGAAAAAGAAGAAAAUGCAGAAAACAGUGAUGUCGGGGAAAUAUCUGGUCAUGAAGUGGUUGAGGAUAGAUUUUCAGAAGUCAUAGGCAGCAGCAAGGAAGCUAUACGAGCUGAAUUAAUUCUGUCUUCUGGUGCUACUUUGCUGGAAUAUCCAUCCAAGGCAUUGACAGGUGGACAUGAAGCAUAUUUUGUUACUUGUGGAAAGUGGCUAGGUGUAGCCGAUGGAGUUGGUUCCUGGUCCUUGGAAGGGAGUGAUCCAGGAGUAUAUGCCAAAGAACUCAUGCAAAAUAGUGAAUCCAUUGUUUCUCAGUGCGACAAUGAUAUACUAAAUGACCCGAAGCAAGUCCUUAAUCUGAGCGUCUCAAAAACAGAUUCUCCUGGAUCUUCAACAGCUUUGAUUGCUCAUUUCAAUGGAAAGGAUCUUCAUGUGGCUAAUAUUGGCGACUCUGGAUUUAUCAUAGUAAGGAAUGGCAGCGUUUACAGGAAGUCAUCACCCAUGCUUCAUGAAUUCAAUUUGCCCAUACAAAUUGAAAAAGGUGAUGAUCCAUCUCAACUUCUGGAGGAAUACAAAAUAGAGUUAGAUGAGGGUGACGUCAUUGUCACUGCAACAGAUGCGCUAUUUGACAACUUAUAUGAUCAAGAAAUAGUGUCAAUCGUCUCAAAGUCAUUGGCUGCUGACAAAAGACCUCAGGAAAUUGCGGAGGUUUUGGCGACAAGGGUACAAGAAGUGGGUAGUUCUGCUUCAGGGAGAAGUCCAUUUGCUGAUGCAGCUCAAGAAGCCGGAUAUGUUGGGUAUACUGGUGGCAAGCGCGAUGAUGUAGCUGUCAUUGUAUCAGUAGUUCAAAAAGGUAAUCAGGUCAAAUGACAACUAGUAUUGCAAUCUGAUUCCAUGUUAUUCUUUCCUUCAUCUUUGUAAUCAGUUAUGAUGACUAUAACAUCUAUGUUUGAUGGGGUUCACUUGCUUCUUGAAAUAUAUAUUUAUGGCAUCUGAUUGCUAUGCCUAUACCAUCCAUGACUGCUUCUGAUUGAUUUUAA